AUGACGGCGGACAGGAUAGACAAGUCUAAUGAACUUUACAAUUUGCGUGCCCUCGCCGAACACGCAAAAGAAGAUCCAGGCUCCGAAUACAUUUUUCAGCUACUCGAUGGGUUUCUUCACCAAGGACCGAAUGGACGCCUUCAGUGUCUCGUCUUCGAAUUGCUUGGGCCUACUCUCAAUAUCAUCGUGGAAGAUUACCACUCAGGCGGUGACCGGCUGGAUACAGAAACCACUCUCAAAGUGUCGAAACAGCUGCUGCAAGCUGUUACCUUUACACACAAGGCUGGUCAUGCUCACAGAGGUAUAUUUGACGACCUCUUGCUUACCUCCGAAGUGAGGUGGCGUUUUGUGCCAUGA